AUGCGAGGAUGCCUGCACUUAGCCAGAUGGCUGCGCGCAGCACCAACUUGCCUGGCUGCGAGAAGCCUCGCCAGGUCGCUGCCAUCCGGCAUAGCUCUUAGAGCAACAACGAGAUCUUUCACCAACACAUCCUUAUGGCAAGCAGCGCGGUCUCACGCGGCGAAACCGCUAGGUGAACUCGAACAGCGCAUCGCCGCGAUCCCGAUCGAACGAUAUCGCAAUUUUUGCAUCGUUGCACAUGUCGACCAUGGCAAGAGUACGCUUUCCGACCGGCUUCUGGAAUUGACGGGCACGAUCCAGCCAGGUACGAAUAAGCAAGUGCUGGAUAAGCUGGAUGUUGAAAGAGAACGCGGUAUUACGGUCAAGGCGCAGACGUGUACGAUGAUCUACAACCACAACGGGGAGGACUAUCUGCUGCAUCUGGUCGAUACACCGGGACAUGUGGAUUUCCGUGCGGAGGUGUCGCGCAGUUAUGCCAGUUGUGGUGGUGCAUUGCUUCUAGUCGAUGCGAGCCAGGGUGUCCAAGCGCAGACUGUUGCGAACUUCUACCUUGCUUUUGCUCAGGGAUUGGAGUUGAUCCCGGUUCUCAAUAAGGUCGACCUGCCAUCGGCUGAGCCUGAGCGGGCUCUUGAACAGAUGAAGAACUCAUUUGAGCUGGAAACAGACAAUGCAGUUUGGGUGUCGGCUAAAACUGGGCUGAAUGUGCCCAAAGUGCUUCCCACCGUUGUUGAGAAGAUUCCAGCUCCCGUAGGUGAAUGUAAGAAACCGUUGCGGAUGCUUCUGGUCGACUCGUGGUAUGAUUCGUACAAAGGCGUCAUCUGCUUGGUUCGCAUCUUCGACGGUGAACUUCGCCCCGGUCAACAAGUGGUAUCGUUUGCAACCGGCAUCAAGUAUUACGUCGGCGAAGUUGGCAUCAUGUACCCGAACGAGACAUCGCAGACAGUCCUACGCGCAGGCCAGGUGGGAUACAUUUUCUUCAAUCCGGGAAUGAAGCGCAGCAAGGAAGCCAAGAUCGGAGAUACAUACACAACGGUUGGAUCUGAGGAAGCCGUGGAACCACUUCCUGGAUUCGAAGAGCCCAAGCCAAUGGUCUUCGUGGCCGCUUACCCCGUGGAUGCGGACCACUUCGAGCACCUGGAAGACAGCAUCAACCAGCUCAUUCUCAACGACAGAAGUAUUCACGUGCAGAAGGAGUCUUCCGAAGCCCUUGGUGCAGGUUUCCGACUGGGAUUCCUGGGUACCUUGCACUGUUCAGUCUUCGAAGAUCGUCUACGCCAGGAACACGGAGCCAGCAUCAUCAUCACACCACCCUCCGUACCCGUAAAGGUACUCUGGAAAGACGGCCGAGAAGACAUAAUCACCAACCCGGCCAAAUUCCCCGACGAAGACGAACUCCGCGGCAAAGUCGCCGAGAUCCAAGAACCCUACGUCCUAGCCACCCUAACCUUCCCGGACGAAUAUCUAGGAAAGGCCAUCGAACUAUGCGAAGCCAACCGCGGCGAGCAAGAAAGCCUCGACUACUUCACCUCGACGCAGGUCAUCCUGAAAUACCAACUCCCCCUCGCCCAGCUCGUCGACGACUUUUUCGGCAAACUCAAGGGCUCCACUAAAGGCUACGCCAGUCUCGACUACGAAGACUCCGGCUGGCGCGCCGGACACAUCGUCAAGUUACAACUCCUCGUCAACAAAGUGCCCGUCGACGCCGUCUCGCGAGUCAUGCACGCAAGCCAAGUCGAUCGCACGGGCCGGAAAUGGGUGACCAAGUUCAAAGAGCAUGUUGACCGUCAGCUGUUCGAAAUCGUCAUCCAAGCUGCCGUUGGCAAGAAGGUCGUGGCGCGUGAAACGGUCAAGCCGUAUCGGAAAGACGUGCUGGCGAAGCUGCAUGCCAGUGAUGUCAGUCGGCGGAGGAAGUUGCUGGAGAAGCAGAAGGAGGGACGGAAGAAACUUAAGGCUGUUGGGAACGUUGUUAUUGAGCAUAAGGCUUUUCAGCAGUUUUUGGCUAAGUAA